AUGGACACGGAGACAAAGGCAAACAGCACUGAGACAUUUCGAUAUGACUGGAACUUUGGGGUCGUUCGUAUAACAAAAAGUGUACGUGUGACUGUGACGAUUAUUUUGUGGAUUAUCACUUUUCUCUUGUCAUUGACGUCUUUUAUAUUAUCACUCACAAUCGAAAAUAUGUGGGUCAUUUACGUGUUGUAUAUCACCGCGUUGAUACCAUCUUUUCUGUCAUACAUCUUUGUGUACGGUUGUAAUCCUAAGGUGUGUUGCAUCUCUCCACAUGCGGGGUUUGCAAUUGCCUUUCAUGUUAUUUGCAUUGUGUGUGUCACAUUCACAUUGAUAAUUAUCGGAGUUCCACAACCAACAACUGUGGUCAUCAUUAUACAGUCACUCUACAUCUUUUCGGAAACAAUCCACCUCCCUUUCAUCAAGCCUCACGCAGACAGAUUCCUUUCUUGGCUUUUGAAUUAA